UUUAGUAUGUUCAAUAGGAAGUCCCAAUAAAUGUGUAUACCAAAAUUCAGAUUUUUACCAAUUAAUGUUUUUAUUUGUCCAAAAUUGCGCUAAUUUGACUGGACUAAUAGUAGACUUCACUCUUGUAACGCCCAUAGCCACCACCGCGUUUUUUAACAAGAAAAAACCGGAUCAUUUGAAUUUGGAUAAUUUGAGACGUUUAACUGUGGGUGGCAACCAUUCAACAAAAGAUCAUAUACUAAAGCUACGAGAAUUGUUUCCUAAAACAGUAGUCUGUCAGAGCUAUGGUCAAAGUGAGGUAUUUGCACGCAUUGCGGAAUUUCCAGAAGGAGAACGUGGGCAAUCCCUCAUGAAUAACUUUCCCGAUUCAAUUGGCUUACUUAGAAGAGCGUUUGACUGGAAGGUGGUGAACGUGGAAACGGAAGAAAUUCUAGGACCACACCAAGAAGGGGAGCUUAGGUUAAAAACAAAUUACCUAAUGAGGGAGUAUCUCAAUUCUGAACCACACGGCCUUUAUGAUUCGGACGGGUGGUACAGAACUGGUGAUUUGGUCUAUUAUAACGAACACGGCUGCAUUUUCGUAGUUGGCAGAGCCACAGAAAGUUUUAAGUACAACAACACUUACAUACAUCCACGAGAAGUAGAAGAAAUUAUUCUGACCCACCGUUCCGUUCAAAAUGCUGGAGCACGAAAGUGAGGGAUAUGUUCCAAUCGCCGUGGUUCAAUUAAACGAAAACGAAGAACAAGCACAGCUUACGUAAGCUGUGGAACAAGUAACGUCAGACGAUAUAAUAGAGUACGUGAAUAAAAGAGUGUUUGAUACAAAUGUACUG